AUGCUGCGCACCAGGCCCUAUCUGCUUUCUGUCCAUAAAUUCGCAGAGAAACAUGAAUGGAUAACAGCAGAAAAUGGUAUUGGAGCAGCGGGAACCAGCAACUUUGCACAGGAAGCUUUUAGAGAUGCUGUUUACUGUAGUCAGUCUGAAAUUGGGACGAAAUUGAACAAACAAGAUGAGUUUGGUGUUUUGAAAAGUGUGAAAGCCACUAGUGAACUCUAUUUUUCUCUAUCAGGAGAAGUAACUGAUCAAGUGUUUCCAGUAAAUACAGGACUUGUCCACAAGUCUUGUUACAAAGAUGCUUGGCUGACACUGGGUAAUACUUCAGAAGUAGAUGAGCUAAGAAUGAAGAAGCAUACACCACAACAUGAGGAACUGUAUUAA